GUCAAUCACGGCAACAGGGAAAAUAAAUGGCAGCAGCUACGUGCAUCACUCCCAGCAAUAGAAAUUGGAAUUGAACACCAAUUCAUAAACCCCCGCAACCGUGACCAAUUGUUGUCACGUAUCUCCAAAAAACAUUUACCCAUCCGUUCCACUUAGGAAGUAGGAACGUUUCUUCUUCUCCAUCUCCAUUUAUUUUUGCAUGUAUCUUCAUUAUUCCAUUUUUCAAUUCCACGCCAACAUUAAACCUUUCUUCUUCUUCUGCUCCGGCCAUAGACAAGUUCAGCAAGGGGCAAGGCUCAAUCAAAAGAGAAGGUCAUUCUUCUCCUCUUCUCUAGAGAGAUGUCAGCUAGUACGUCAAUUGAAUCCUUGGGAGGUUCACCCCAAAAUAAUGGAGAAGAGUGUUUAUGUUUGUUGAAUCCUAUCAUUGAUUUAGAUGCGAAUACAAACGAAGAACCACUAACAAAUGAAGCAACACUGACAAAUGAAGUUGGGAAUGAAGAGAAUGUCGAGAACAACAGCGUUAUUCAAAAGGCUAAGAGAAAGAAAACUUCUCCAAUUUGGGAUCACUUCAAAGAAGUGAAGUUAAAGGAUGGAACCAAAAAAUGGCAAUGUUUACAUUGUAAAAGAACUUAUGUUGUUGUUGUGAGUGGGUCAACUAGCCAUUUGAAGAGACAUUUAAGGGAAGUAUGUCUUAUUUACAAGAAGCUAGCAGCACAACAACAAAAAUUAAACUUGAAGCCAGCACAAAGCAUGAUUGAUGAGAAGCUUUCCGGACCACUACUGAUGAAUCCAAGUGCUAAGUAUGAUCAUGAGAGACAAAGAGAAGCCACUGCACAUUGGGUUAUGAUGCAUGAACAUCCAUUUAGUAUUGUUGAGGAAGAAGGUUUUCUUUUCAUGAUGAAAUGUUCUAAUUUUUCAUAUGAGAAAAUUAGUCGAAAAACAUUGAAGAAUGAUUGUGUUGCUGUCUAUGAAUCUGAAAGGAAGAAGUUAAAGUCAACUUUGAGGACAAUUAAUAAGAUUUGCUUGACCACUGAUUUAUAGAAGUCGCAAAAUCAAAAGAUAGAAUAC